AUGCCAAUGUGGCUCCACAAUACUUUGCAGAAACUUGUUAAGGAGUUGCUGAAGGCAGAUUCUGCUUCUUCUAUCUAUCAGAAGGAGUUGUUGAAAGAACUACAGCUUCAAAACCGCGGACGGCAUGUGGGAAUAGUCACGGACGUGGUCAAGGAUAUCUUUCCAAACGUCGCCUUUCAUGAGAAUCGGACUGGCGUCAUGCGAUCACGGGCAUCUGAUUCUCCUCGGCCACCAAACUCAACAGAUGAUGAAGCAGCAGUGGUGUUGCGAGAUGCGGAUCAAAAUCAAGAUGGAAUGCUGAGUCUGGCCGAGUUCAGAGAGGCCUGGAAGAAGAAGGAAAGCCCGAUGAAAAAGGUGAUCCACAAGGCGGGCGCCGCUGCAUCAAUGUUUCUGAGCUCAAAGGCUGGAGCGGCAGUGAUGGCAGCGAUUGCCGUGAAGGGCAUUGAUGUCUCCGAGAGCCUUUUCGGCGCGGAAGUCUGGGUCUUCCUGAAAAGCCAGCUCAAGCCCAAAGGCAAAGAGGCCAACCAAAGCACAGCCCUGAUGCGACCGUGUGGGGCCACCUAUGAUGCGCAGGACACCGCCUAUGCCGGAAGAGGGGCUGGAAGACUGGUCGAAGCUGAUCCGCCGAUUGAACUCUCAGAGCUCGAAGCAGAGUCUUCUCAAGCUGCGCAGAAAUCCGAGGAUGGACCAGAGGUGUGUGGUCAUGGCCUCAUCGACUUCGACGAUUUGGUGGAAGCCGAACAUGUGCGUCAGGAGGAGGCAGUAACCAGCUGCAAAAGACGUUGCAUCGAAGAACGAGCUCGCAAAAAGUCACGCGAGGUUAAAGGUCGAGGCAUAGGCAUACACUAUGGCCUGGCUUUGCCGGCCUCGCCCGCAGAACUGCUUACAGUGGGUGCACACUGGCUAAGCCGUGCGUUUUGGCAAGCAAAGACCUUGCCAGAGGAUCAAACUGUAUCACAAGUGAUUGCUUUGCGGCCUCUUACUGAAGGCGCGCACCUUCUGGAAGUUCUUUUGACAGGAGGAGUGACCAUGUUGGCGGUGACAUUUUUCAAGGAGAGCCGUGACAUCAAAGUGCUCUCAGGAGUUUUGAAACCCAGAACUUCAGUGGGUAGCUUUGUGCAUGGCAUCAACUUUUUACGACUCCUGGAGUCAGAGCUCAAAGUGGCUCAAAAGUUUUUCUUCGGUGAUGUUUGCGACCAUGGCUCUGCAGGCAUUAUCAUCACAGAAUGGUCGGAAAUGUCUACUGCUCCUCUGUGCUUUUGCCCUUCCACUUGGGAUCUCUUGCCACAGCGACAAAGCUGUUUUUUGAGCCCAGUAGACCAUCAGGAACUAUGCCUCGCAGGCAGUGCUCAGCGUUUCGGUGAUCCAGCACUCGGGCUUUUGGGUUUGUGCUUGAAGCCAAGUGAAAAGGAAAUGUGGCAUCAAAAGUCUUGGACCUUGGUUCACGUUGAGGAAGGGCUAUGGCAGCUGCGAAACUCAGAUGGCCUAGUUCUUCUGGCGUCGAAUGCCAGCGCAGAAGCUUUGCAUCUUCGAAUGCCCAGCAUGCGACGGCACGAGAUGUGGCGAAUAUAUCCUGCAGGACCAAAGGCCCCAGAUGCCUAUUACAUUCAAAGCUACUAUGAGACCUUCUUAGCCUAUUCCCUUGCUGGAAAUGCAGUAUUCAUGUGCGCUACAGCGCGUAGCAACGCGCAAUGGUCUCUGGCAACAUUGGCAGAGAUGGCGAGAAAAUCCUCGCCACUGCACAGGAUUGAUCUCAGGGGACCUCGCAAUGAAGGUUUGUCCUUUCACAUGAUGGAGCGGUUGAUCAUUGGCUUUGCGGAACUUGCAGGCCGUUGUGUAACGCAGAAUGUUGCUUUGGACAACAUGCCGGAAGAGAGUGAUGAGAAGGCAUCCUCUGACAGAUACACAGAACACGAUGACACAGCUGAUGCAGUGCGCUGGCGGGAGCUCCGUGUGCUUCUUCGGCACCAACUGGCAAGGCUACAACAUUGCGACUCUCCAAGGGCUCAGCUUGGCUUCCAGGACAGCGAAUUCCUGGACAAGGCAUCAGUGGCGCAGGAAUUUAUCGCUCGUUUGGCAGUUCAGCUUUUUUCAGGCACUAUCAACAAACAAGCGAUGAAGGACUAUCGAGCAGCACUGGUCACUGCUCGGGUCAACUACUAUCCAAUUUGCGCUUUCCUCACAGCCUUAUCGGAGUACCACGUGUGUGGCCCGGAGGUCAUUGGAGUCGACAGCCUCUACGAAGAUUUUGGAUGCAUCGGCAUGCAGAACUUGGGAGAUAUCACCUGCGGGCCAUUGGGACUCAAGCUUUGGCGAUGGCUCUGCUUAGCUGCACCCAAGGUUCUCUCUGAAUCCUUUGGCCAUUUGAUUGAACUGUUCGUCAAGACCUUGGCGGCCAACUGUGAUCGCCAUUUGGAUUCAGAGAAGCUGAUGUGGCAUGUGCUCCUAGCAGCAUCUUUGCAUUCUGUGGAGCUCCUGGAUGCAGUACCGAUACUUCUGGAGAGGAUCCCCAAGUCUGAGUGGUUCAAUAUUCGCAGCUGGAGUGAUCCAAGGCUGUCCAGCGCUGACACUUGGAUGGCCAUGAAGGGCUUUGCGAGCAUUGCUAUCGUGACGACGAAGUUUGAUCUGGUGAACCGCAUGGUCCAUGAUAUUCCGGAAGUGCUGAGCACACAUCAAGUGAUCUGCAACACGAUAUUCCGAGAUGGAGCGAAACCUUGGCAGCCAGUGCUCAUUGGCCUUGGUGACCAGCGCACGGAGGUCAGGGCAGCAGCUUCUUGGAAAUCAGAAAUCUUGGCAUUGCUGCCAGCAGAUUUCCCUGCCUUUGCACUGGAGCCGGAGCAUCCGGAAGGUUGGGCAGAGAUUUGCAUGCCAUUCAAUGGAUAUAUACCGUGGGCGUCAUCACGCUUAUGUGAUGCGAGCGAAGUGCGCAUCACAAAGGACAAUGUGCCUGCCUCCAUGGAAAUCCUUUCUUUGAUGUAUCACACCAGGCGACAAUACACUGGGAAGAGUGGGCCUAUGUUCAUGGAUGAGAUCUCUGCGAAGAAACUGUGUGACGAAAUCUACUUGCGGGAGAAAGCCAGCAACUUGCUUGCGCGCUUGGGACAUGGCCAAUGCAGUGUGGUCCAUGGAAGCUUUUUGGCCGACACUGAGCGAAAGCCUUGGUGGCCUGAAGAAUACAAGGAUUGGGCAUAUCAUUCCUUCGUGCUGUUUGACGAUGGGCACAUCGCUGAUUUGACCGCGGAUCAAUUCGACAUCUCUGUUCCUCAGCUUUGGUACCCUGCGGACCCAUCUCGCUAUGAUAGGAGUAGCCAUCGUGCAGAGGAAGCUCGCUUCUUGAGGCAAGUUACCAUUGGCUUGGACAAGUGGCGGCAGUUCGUGGAACAAGAUCGGCACGCCAGUGGAUUGCUUGAAAAAACUCCCCGUCCUUUGUAUGACUGGUGGGAUGCGGAGAUGAAGGGUGGCUUCGAUGUUCGAAAUGGCCAGCGGGGGCAGGUGUUGCGUCAUGGCAAGUCUAUGCCAUUACCAGAGCCCUUCGAUGUGCGACAAGUUCGAGACCGAUCUGUGGUCUUUCGACGCCUUACUGAGCCCGAGGAGCUGAAGGUGUGCCUGGUGGAAGGCACGGUUGUUGAUGGCCGGGACGGGGACAGGAGAUGA